CUUUUUAAAUAAACUGGAAAAGCAGUUUGCACAUUGCUCGCAGUUUUCCAUCUCGACAUGCUUUCUUGAAGCAUUCUGUUCUCCUCACCGUUUUUCUAUUCCCGGCUUAGAUCUUGCUCUUACCCAUCAUGCCAAGCUCGCGAUUCAUCGUACCCGAAGGAAAUCAAACAAUGCCGCCUCCUCCUGGCCCGUCAACCACAUCACAAAAGCUAUCCCAUGCUCUUCCUUUGCCUUUUCAUCUGAUGGCGGCGGGUAUGUCGACAGUCGGCAGCGUCGUGACUGCUGUAGCAGCACAUGUGCUCGACGGACCAGUGAAAGAGUCGUGGAAUUUAGCGACUUCGGUUGUGGUUGCUGGGAUGAGGUCUGUUAUGGUAUCCCAUCCACCUCAAGGGCGACAUUCCAUGUCUAUCAUUCGUGGUGUGACAUCUCGCCUGACAAUUCCUUUCGCAGUCGUUGGCGCCCGUGGAGAGUACGUGGACGUAUCGGUCAAAAAUCCGCACCAUCUCACCGAAGCUGUGCGCAAAGUCGCAGGUAUGGCGCCAGUGAAGUAUGAUCGGGACGUGCCAAGUGUGCGGAACAUCCCAGCCGAGUGGGUAGUUCACAAGUCCAUCGACGCAUCCCAGAUCGGCAACUCGCCCAUUGUUCUCUAUCUCCAUGGAGGAGCGCACAUCUUUCUCUCUCCCCGUACGCAUAGGAUCAUCACCUCUGAAAUCUCCCGUGUAUGCCGUGCCCGUGUCCUGGCUCUAGAUUAUCGGCUCAUACCAGAACAUCCUUUCCCUUCAGCCGUAGAGGAUGCCCUCGCAGCGUACUGUGCUCUCAUUAACCAGCAAAGCCACGGCUUCUCCUCCACUCUCUCCGUCCCGACAACCACCACGCCAAACCGGAUAAUUAUCAUGGGCGACUCAUCUGGCGGAUGUCUUACACUCCAGUUGAUGCAGACGCUCAAAACUCUUGACAUCCCACUACCGGCCGGUGCCGUCCUCUUGUCACCUCUUGUCGACCAUUCCGUAACCUCGCCCAGCUGGGCACAAAAUUUUCAUUCAGACUUUAUGGCAUUGGACCCGGCUGGCUUGAGUUGGGCGCUGGAUUGCUAUGCUGGAGAGGUGGGCCGCACACAUCCGCUAGUAUCACCAUUAUUUGGUGAUUUGACUGGCUUGCCACCACUCUUGAUUCAAGCGGGCGAAGCAGAGGUACUGGCUGAUGACGCCAAAAAACUGCACUCCAAAGCUCUCAGCUGCGGUUUGUGGUGCGAACUGCAAAUCUAUAAAGACAUGUUUCAUGUAUUUCACACAUUCCCUACCCAGCCCGAGACGACCGCAACUGCGUUCAACGAAAUUGGGACUUUUGUAUCUCGGACACUUUCUCCACAGAACUGCCACAUUGUAUUCCCCCGCUCUCUUCGAAUAACUUGCAUGUCAGGCAAGGUGACUGAGGAACGACUACCCACCGGAGAGAUCUGCAUAGCAAGCCAUCGCAAAUUGGGCGGCUCCCCAGACUUGGAACGCAGAGACUCUGGAAUUAUAACUAUGUGAUUUACCGAAUUACAGAUAGGAAUUAUGUAGAUAUAUAGGUUACCAAUAGUAUUAAUAUUGGUAUCAACGAGAGUUUUCGUAACUUUGGGCAAAGGAGAUGAUACUUCACCAACGAUACCACAUGCUAAAACUGUAUCACGCUAAUUGCGAAAAGAC